AUGGCCAGAGAGAACGCCCUAUUCAACUCUGCCCUACGGCAGUCGACUAGCAUUCGCAAAGAUCUGGAUCAGUUCGCCGACACCGCAUCGCCCUCACCACACUUGCAAGCGCAGCUCAACGCUUCGCUAACGUCAUUCGCACGCACUAUCGACGACUACACCAAGCUCGCGAAGCAUGAGCCUGUGCAGACUAAGCAAGAAAAGGCCAUCGAGAGAUUGAAGAACUUCAGGAGCGAGCUAGACGAAUACAGAGAGAGCUUCAAGAGGAUAAAGAGCGUGAAUGAGGACGUUCAAACAACAGCCGCGCGCACAGAAUUACUGGGUCGACGACCACAUCACGCUGCCACGCCGGAGAAUCCCUACUCGCUGCCCAAUCCUAGCGCUGCCCAAUACUCGCCCUUCGCCCCUACCCAGCCGCACAAUCCAUCCGCACCGUACCGACCCAAUCCAUAUUCUGCUGGUGCCCCACAAGGUGGAGAUUACGAUCGUGAAGGACAUGUCAUGCGCGAGCAAAACUUCUUCGCUCAGACGUCCACGCAACUUGACGAAUUUCUUGAUCGAGGAAGAACAGUGCUAGGAGACCUGGGACAGCAGAGGGAGAUGUUGAAAGGCACACAAAGGCGGUUAUAUAGCGUGGCGAACACGUUAGGCAUCAGUGGUGACACCAUUCGGAUGGUAGAGCGGCGGGCGAAGCAGGACAAGUGGGUGUUCUGGAUCGGAGUUGUGGUGUUCUUCGCCUUCUGCUGGCUAGUCAUACACUACUUGAGGUGA